UCUAUUUGUAGAUGUUUUAAAGCAGGGGUAAGAUGGCUGAUGCUUUAAGCGUCUUACGCGAUUAUAAUUUAAGUAAGAAACCAAUUGUAGAACACGAUAGUGACGUCAUAUUCGGUGACUUUUCGUGGCCGAAAGAUGCGAAAACGAAUUAUAUUAUUUGGGGAACAGGGAAAGAGGGAAAUUCAAAGGAAUAUUAUACGUUGGAGUCGAUUUUAUUUCUUUUAAAGAAUGUGAAAUUAUCCCACCCGUUGUACGUUCGACAUGCGGCUGCUGAAGAAAUACCGGUGGUGCGGCGACCGGACAGAAAAGAUUUGCUUGCAUAUUUAAACGGGGAAUUAGCCACUUCUAGUAACAUUGAUAAAAGCGCUCCUCUCGACAUAACCUUGCAGCGACCAACUAAAGUUAAACGAACCGAUGAUGUCACAAUCGAGCCAUCAUCUAAACGUUCGAGACUCGAGGACGCCCAGAAAGCCAUGAGGAACAAACGAUUAGUUGAACGACUUGACGCGAGUCGUGGUGACAAGUCCGUAGCCACGGAAACGAUAAAGUCGCUUUCCGAAUCGAUCUCGGCUGAGAAGAUUGCUGCGAUGAAAGCCAAGUUUGUUGCUCGGAAGCGAAAAACGAUCCAAGAGGUCGAUGCAGAAGAAGGCAAUGAAUCAGCAAGAUUCGGUGAUGAGUCAGCAGAAGACAUCACGUCCGAUGUUUUGUCGCGCGAACGAAAUUGGCGAACUCGCUCAACCGUGCUUCAAAGCGCCGGGAAAAGUUUCAGCAAAAAUGUUUUUGCGAUUUUGUCGUCAAUUAAAGCUAAAGAGGAGGGGAAACCCCAAGAUAAAGAACUUUUAAACAACCACACGAUGGCACCACCUUCCAAAACAAAUGCAGCGAACACCAAAAAGUCGCUCCCGCAAGCAGGUUAUAGUCGAUACGAUCAGGAAAGAUUCCGAGGAAAAGAAGAAACUUUGGGUUUUCGUAUCGACACAAUGGGGUCAUAUCAUGACAUGAGUCUUAAGUCUGUCAUGGAAGGAGCAGCUGCAAGAAAGAGUCAUGUUCCACCGAACACUAAACCAAGAUCCAAAGCUCCCCCUCCAAUGGCAACAACGCAGAAACCUCCAAAGCGAGUUUCGAGAACACCAAUCAUCUUGAUUCCCGCUUCUACAACAUCGCUUAUCACGCUUUACAAUGCAAAAGAUAUUUUGCAAGACUUAAAAUUUGUUUCAACGGAACAAAAGAAAUGUGGAGGCGCUCGUCGGGACAAUGAAGUUUUAAUCCAGCGUCGGAAGAAUGCAGACACUACGGUCCCAUAUCGCGUAAUCGAUAAUAUCAGUAAACUACAAAGUCAUGAUGAUUGGGAUAGAGUGGUCGGGGUUUUUGUUCAGGGCCCCGCGUGGCAAUUCAAGGGGUGGCCGUGGUUGCUUCAAGAUGGGUCCCCUGUCGACAUCUUCGCUAAAAUUCAAGCUUUUCAUUUGAAGUUCUUGGAGCAAAAAAUGGAGACAAACAUUUCGAAAUGGAAUGUUCAUGUUUUGCCGCUGAGCGAACACAAGCGACAUAUGGAUCGGGCUGCGUUGCUCAAGUUUUGGGAGGUUUUGGACAGGUAUAUGCGCAAACAUAAAAGUCAUUUGAGGUUCUGAGCGUUUGGUAAAUAUAUUGAACAACGAACGCUACAGUCGAGUUGCUUUUGUAUAAGUUGUGAUGGCUCGCAGUUGAGACACAAGUCUUGGAAGGUCGACCAAGUCUAUCGCGUGAAUAAACUUUUGCUGAACAACAUCUGGUGCGACGGGCUGUCUAGGGGAAGGGGGUUAAAAUAUUAUCAAUAUUUUUGCAUUUUUUUACCUUUCUCGCCAAAUUGUAAACAAUUUAAAUAAACGAUCCCGAAAACUCUUG